AUGCCAGAUCCAUUAUGUAAAGACAUACAGAAAGUAGAUCACUCGAAUGAGACUCUUAAGAAGAUUCGGAGAUACAGGAUGACUGAAGACUUUUCACAGUUAGUUGGCAUGGAUAUUCCACUGGAAAUUGAAAAGAUUAGGCAGGGACUAACACAUGGCUCGACUGACUCAUUUUUAGAGCUAGCAGAGUAUAUGUGGAUGGAGCUAGUUAGGGAUAAUUCUCUUCUUAGAACACCUUUUCGCACUUUCAUAGAAAAAAACAAGCUUAUCCGGCUAAUUCCACCCACGCCACUAAUCCCAAUAAUAUUCCUUUUUUCAGGGGAGGAAGUGCUUAAGGAGUGGUGUAUUAUAAAUAUAUGUGAGUUAUACACCACUCCAAAUUAUUUGACUGGGAUGGUCACUGGGGGAACCUUCUUUUACAAAAUACAUGAAGAAAUACUGCAGGAUAUGUCUAAGUACAAGGAAAGGAACUUUUUAAAGUCAUUGUUUAUUUUUGUUGUUCUGGGCGGGGCACUUGUACAUCCGCACUAUGCCCUGCUUGAAGCAAAAAUUAAUAAUAAUCUCUCUGAUGAUAUUUCCAUAAAAUUCAACAUAUAUAAGGUUCUAACGGCUGGGGAAGUAACGAUAACUGGAGAAGUAAAAAGAAAAAACAAAUUGUGCUUGCAUUUAAUCAGCAGGGUUCUUCAGGAGCUAACAAGGAUGCCGCUGGACCAGUUUUUAGCCAAAAACAGGCAGGAAACAUCUGAGAUAAGGUUGAUUCUUCUUUUUACUACAUGGGAGAUGCUUGAGCUGAGCAUUAAGCUGGAUAUACCAAAGGAGUUAAAGCUGUUAAUAUUAAGAAGCGGGCACGGUUCAAGGAAUCGAACAAUCAGGAAGAGAAUAUAUACGUCUGUUGUUAGGAUGCAUGCGGGGAGUGGAAUUUCUCUUUUAGAAUUGUUUAAAAAUGGUUUAUUAGAGUACAUACUAGCACGGACUGAGUAUGAAAUAGGGCGUGUAUAUACAGAUCAGUACAAGAGUAUGAUUAGGUCUUUGGUGAUAGAUACAGUAGAUCUUAUAAACACAUACAAAUUAAAAACACUAAAUAUCAGCACAGAAGAGACAGAGAGCUUGAAAAGACCAGAAUACAAGAAUUUAACUAUGGCGGAGAUAGAAGAUAUUUUAUUAUGUAGUUGUUCUUUAUGGAGGGAUCGGCUUUCUAUUUAUUCGGACUGUGCUAUUUCUGCAUUUAUUUCUUUGUUCUUCUUUAGGGUGACCACAAAACCAUUCAAGAAUUAUAGUUCUAAAACAGCUGCUGUUGUAUCCGUUUUGCAAGAUUUAAGCGCAGUAGUUAGCACCCGGCUAGAUAAACUAGACAAAUCAAUGCUAAAGGAAAAGGACCGGGUUAUUAUGGACUCUUUGCUUAAUAAAAAGUACUCAGACCAAACAGAGCCAGCAAAGAUCGAAAUUCUUCUGGAGCUAAUUAAAGAGUGUAGUCAUUUCUAUGCAUGCACUGGGAUAAUGCCAGGUGGGAUAACAGGUCUCUGCGGUGUGAUUGAGAAAUACAUUAACAAUUACAUUGUAACGAGAGUGGAUAGAGAAAGCCCCAUAAACACAUUUGAUUCUGAUAGAGGAGAUGCACUAUCACAUGAAAAUAUAUCAGAGGAGUGUGAUCUUCUUCGCAUGCUUUAUGAGCUAGUGCAGAUGCCCAUUACAGAUAGUGUUCUUUCACAGAUAAACUAUAUUGUACUGCAUCUGGAUAAAAUUGCUAGUGACACGAUAGAAAUUGACUUUACGUGGAUAUGUAAGCUAGACUUGAGAAUGGCAUCAAAGACCAACCUUAAAAUGACUUUUUUAAAAAAUUUGUUUGAUAAGUAUUUAAUACUUGCGCAUGACAGCAAGACCAUGAUAAAAUCCGUUGUAAAUGAUUUCCAGAGAAUUAAAAAAGAAAAUAACCUGAAAGACGAUGAGGCUAUGAAAAGACUAAUUAAAAGGGCCGAGAAAAUAUUAGAAAAAAAGAAAGAGCAGGUUGUAGAGCAUACUACAAAAGAUAUCCCAGCAAUCCCCCAAACACAGGACAUUAUAACGUGGCAGAAGCCACUUCAGGAGGUUAGAGAAAAAACACAAACAAACAAAGAAUUUAUUCUUGCUCUUCUAAGGAAUGAACCGCCGAUAGAGUACCAAUCAGUUAAGUCAACGUACAGCACCUUCUUAGACUACUUUUCAACAUACUCUCCCCUAAUAAUUAAAGAAGCCCUUGCAUCAAUUGAAUCUAGCAUUACUGUGGAGUCUGUUUCUAAAAAGCCAAUAGAUGGUAUUGUGAUGGGAAAACAUGAUGACACCAGAACAACUACACUUGCAAUCCUUACUCGGCACAAACAGUCUCUUCUGAUAAAUGAUAUUGUUAGAGUAGUAAAUCUUAACAAUACAGAUGAAAAUAACUACAGCACAGGCAUAGUCAUGUAUGAAAAGGAGGGCCAGUAUGAGAUAAUGGUGUGCAUGAAGUCUCUUGAAAAGCAGGGCCGAUGUCAUAAGGUUAGCAUACAGCUUCUAGCAAACAUUACAUCUACUAUGCGAGAAUAUGAUGCUUUAAUUAGAUUGCAGAAGCUGGCCAUUAGAAGUAGUAUACUUGAUCCUUGUAAAUUCUACAAAAAAGAUGGGUCUGUAACAGGCAUGCCCAAAGGUGUACAUGCGUAUAAUGAAAAGUCCCAUCCAGACUCUAUUCUAAAUAUGCCCGGGUUUAAAACGUCGGAGAUAAACGAAUGCCCACUCAUCAGUGCAUUUUAUUCACAGCUCAAUAAAAGCCAGCAGGCAGCUGUGUAUAAUGCAUUAUUGCCCAAAAAUAGCAUAAGCUUAAUACAAGGGCCGCCAGGUACAGGAAAGACCAAGACAAUAUCAGGCAUGAUUGCAUGUUUCCUUCUGCAAAAGCGCAGAGUUUUAGUAUGUGCACCCAGCAAUGCAGCUGUUGACAUGCUUAUAGAAAGCGGCAGUAUUUGGAAACGAAUCCCUGAUUGCAGAUGGAUUCGCAUAGGCAGUGCAGGCGGUAGUAGAACAGCAGUAGAGAGAGAUGGCAUGCCCCUUCCUAAAGAAGAAAAAGAGGAUAUUUUAUCCAGUCCAUCAUUAGUCCAGGACAUCAGCGUGCAAAACACCCCAACCCAGCAUGCAAUAGACCCAAAAGAUAUUUCAAUUUUUGGAAGCAUCGGCGCAUAUGAUAGAAGGUGUGAGAAUUUAGGAGACUAUACGCGGCAGGACAGCAAGAGUGAACUAAGCCGUGCUAAUCUGGUUUUCUGCACUCUAUCCAUGGCAGGGUCUUCUUCUCUUAGAGAAUACUUCUUUGAUAUUUUAAUAAUUGAUGAAGCAUGCCAGGCCACAGAGCCAAGUACACUGAUACCUUUAAGGGCAUUGCCAAGCAAGCUUAUUCUAGUAGGAGACCCAAUGCAAUUGCCACCAACAAUCAUUUCACAAGAAAAAGAACUAACUCUAACUCUUUUUGAACGACUUUCUUCUUCAAUCCCUCCACUUCUCCUAGAUACGCAGUACAGAAUGAAUUCUAUGAUUUCUAAAUUUGCAAGCCAGCAAUUCUACAACGACAAAUUAAAAAAUGGUGUUAUAGUGAACUCACUCCUCCCAUUCGCAUUCAUAGAUGCAGAAGGAGUGGAGAAGACAGAUGACAAAGAUAUCUACAAUAAAAAAGAGAUCACCACAAUUCUGCAGUUCUAUGGAGCAGCAGUAAAGGCAUACGGCACAGUAGGAAUAAUCAGUCCGUACAAGGGGCAGGUCUCCAGACUUAAAAAGUACAUUAGAGACAUAGACAUAGCAACAGUAGACGGAUUCCAGGGACAGGAAAAGGAUUGCAUAAUUAUAUCAACAGUGCGUAGUAAAAGGAUAGGAUUUCUUAGUGAUAUUCGUCGAAUGAAUGUGGCACUAACCCGUGCCAGAUACACUUUAAUAAUAGUAGGCAGUAUGCGUUUAUUACAACAAGAUCCAACAUGGCAGCCGCUUAUUAAAUAUGUUAAUGAGAACAACUUUGUAUACAAAGUAGGAGAAGUGCUAAGCAUUCUUACGUCUAUAAAAGACCAAAGAGAUGCAUCGUCACACAGUAAAUAA